AGUCUAUAAUGUAUAUCAAGAUUUCAUCGUUUCGGAUUACACAUUUACAGUAUUUGUAUUACAGUAAUACAGUAUAAAUGUAUAAUAAAUAAAAUAAUAAAUAGUAAUACUUUACUUUAGUUUUUAAUAGUUUAUUUUUUAACCACCUUCACGAUAUUAAUAAUCAUUAAACAAUUGAAAAAUAACAGAUAAUUCGUAACAUUAUCAAUCGACGAAGGUGGACUGAAAAAUAAGUAUUCAAGAAUUCAAGAUUCGUUCAAACCGUUUAUUUGUGUGAUUACUGAUUUGUUAUUGAAAAAAUGUCACACCAGACAGGAAUCAAAGCAAAUGACACACUAAAAAAGUUCUUUAGCAAAGCAACAUCAGACAAGAGUGUUCGGGCCAUUAAAGUGUCCAUUGUAGACGAGGAACUUUCUCUAUCUGGUCAUGAAAAACAUCACAAAUCAUGGAAAGAUGAUUUUGAAAAAGUUGUCAAACAAUUUAUAUUACCAGAAGUACCGUGUUAUGUAUUAUAUAGAUUUGAUGUAAAAAGUGACACCAAAAAUUAUGAUUGGUUACUUAUAAGUUGGUGUCCUGAUGUAGCACCUAUUCGACAAAAGAUGUUGUAUGCAUCUACAAAAGCUACUCUCAAACAAGAAUUUGGCAGUGCUAAAAUUAAAGAAGAACUUCAUGGGACUAGUAUGGUUGAUGUCACUCUUGAUGGAUUAGAACAAAGUCGAUUGUCACAAAAAGCACCAGCACCUUUAACUAUCCGUGAAGAAGAAAUCGCUGAACUUAGAAAAGCAGAGGUUGGACAUAGUACAUCAGUGUCUGUAGAUAGUCGAUCACAGGCAGUGUCUGGUAUCAAGUUCCCUAUGUCUGUUGCUGCUAUAACAGCACUUUCCAUAUUUGUGGAUAGUAGUGAAAUAAACUAUGUACAAUUCUACAUUGAUAUGACAAAAGAGAGUAUUGAAUUAGCUACUUCAGACAACGUAUCUGUGAACCUUCUCAAUGACCAAGUUCCUAAAAAUGAUGCUAGAUAUCAUCUUUAUAUGUACCAACAUAAGAGAAAUGGUACCCAAACAAAUUCUGUUUUUUUCAUUUACUCAAUGCCGGGAUACUCGUGUCCUAUAAAAGUGAGAAUGUUGUACUCCAGUUGCAAAUCACCAUUUAUCGAAGAGUUAGAAAAUUUAUAUAAAUUAAAAAUUCAUAAAAAAUUGGAAAUAGAUAAUGAUGAUGUCAUCAAUGAGAAAUACCUAUUAGAUGAACUAUAUCCAGAAAAAGAAUCUGAUAAACCAAAAUUCAGUAAGCCCAAAGCUCCAGGACGAGGUGUUCGAAGAAUAAUAAAGUCUAACGAAUAAGUAUUCAUUUUAUUAAAUUAUAAUCUAUCUAAUUAAUGUUAAAACAUGUAAUAUUAUACAAAUUAUAAUUUUUUCUUUAUAAGAAAUUUCUAUGUUUGGUCUUCCAUUUUAUUUUAUUAAA